CUCCGCCGACCCCGUCUCUCGCCGUUUCUGCCCCCCCCACGCCCCCGGCUCCCCACGAUACCCAAAAGUACCAUUCAUCGGCGGUCUCGGCGGCGUGAACUCGUCGCCUUCUCCCCCCAACACCUCCCAUCAAAAUGGGCGCCUUUGGGGACUUCACCGGCUUGUGCCAUAUGGCGCCGUUGCCGCUAUGCUCGUCGAUAGGCCCCAUAACGUCGAUUGCGAGCGGCGUUGGUAUCGAGCCUGACUGCUUCGCCCGGAACAUCGAGCUGGCCAAUACCCUCAUCUUCCAGGGCGCCGCCAGCUUUAUGCACAUUAUCGCCCUGGUCAUGACGGUCACUAUGAUAUUACACGUGCGGGGGAAGUUUACGGCAGUGGGACGGAAGGAAAUCACAACCUUCUUCUACCUCUAUAUGCUCCUCACUUUCUUAUCCCUUAUCAUCGACGCCGGAGUCAUCCCUGCGGGCUCGACGCCAUACCCGUACUUUGUCGCGAUCCAAGCAGGACUUUCGUCGGCCCUCGUCACCUGCUUGCUGAUCAACGGCUUUGUAGGGUUCCAGCUCUACGAAGACGGCACACCGCUCUCGCUGUGGAUGAUGAGGCUCUGCUCUGCUGCCGCUUUUGUCAUCACGUUCCUUGUCGCGCUCGCCACCUUCAAGACGUGGGCCGGACUCGGCCCCACUAAUACGGUCGGCCUCUUUGUGGUCUUGUACCUGCUCAAUGCUAUCCAGCUGUUCAUAUACGUUGCCAUGCAGAUUGUCCUUGUCACCCGCACGCUGCAGGACAGGUGGCCUCUGGGCGACAUAGCCUUUGGCUCUUUUUUCUUCGUUGUCGGCCAGAUCAUUCUCUACGCUCUCAGCUCGCCCAUCUGCAGCGCCGUCAGCCACUAUCUGGACGGCUUGUUCUUUGCCACGACGUGCAACCUGCUGGCCGUCAUGAUGGUCUACAAGUACUGGGACUCAAUCACUAAGGAGGAUCUGGAGUUCUCGGUUGGCACGAGGAUGAACAACUGGGAAGUGAAGGAGCUGCUGCCCGAGGAGGACCGCCGCGCGACCGUGUAUAACGACGAGCCUUAUAACAACUCGAGCGCUUUUGACAGCUCCUUCUCUCCAAACUCCAACAGACACUCCCGGUACUGAAUUAGAGGGACAGAUUCUGCAUUGAAGGUCUAGCAUUGCAACAAUUUUUUUGAGGGGGGGGGGGGGGUGCGGACCUGGCUUCACGAGGACAGAAUGAAGUUUAGUCAGGGCCACAAAAGUUUUUCACUUUGCGGAACUACCUCUCAAUCUCUUUCUUUGUGU